AAGCCAAGCCUCUCCCUCCCUCCUUCCCCAGCCUCAUCCGACACUCAAAACCUGCAAACCGAAGAGCACGGAGCACCCAGCAGAGCCGACUAAUCGAAGGCCACAGCCAUGGCCGCUCCUACGGGCACCUCCCUGCUGAGCGCCAUGCUCCAGCUUCCCCUGGCCCCGUUCUCAGGGAAGAGCUCCCCGCCUUCCGUGGCCCACGUGGCCCCCCGCCGGGCGCCGACGGCCGUGCUGGCCACCAAGGGCUACAACGUGCAGAUCCUGGUGGACGAGAACGAGGGGGAGGACUCCAUCUUCCGGCGGUUCCGGCGGGAGGUGAUGAAGGCCGGGCUGCUGCAGGAGAUCAAGCGCCGCCGGAGGCACGAGAACAAGAAGGACGAGAAGAUCCGCAAGGCCCGUGAGGCCGGCCGCCGCAACCGCCGCAGGCGUAUGAUGGAUGAUCGUAGGUUCCCGGAAGACGAGGGAGACUCAGAGGCUGUGAGAACCCGCCGGGAUGAGGACAACGACAACUGGGAGGUUAACGGUCUUCUGUGAAUGGAACAAGGGAGUUCAUAACCACUUAGAUGCACAGUUGGGAGGCAAUUCGAGUUCUUCUUUUGCCUGCAAGGCACAAACUAUAUGAGUUAUCAGCCUCUCUUUCCACUUCAAUUGUAUUAUUCAAAUGUACUAAAUCUCCUUAGCUAAUGCUAUGCCUUUCAUUACUGGGGUACCAUGUUUUACUUCAUUUCCAAGCUCCUGCCAUAUCUGUGAAUGUUAAACAUUUAGGGUGUGUUUGGAUGAUGAUCAAAUAUAACCCUACCAAUAUUUUUGGCAAUGACCAAA